AUGUUUCGUCGUCUAUGGUCGGGCCUCCCAAAGGAUGCCUCUUUUCCGUCGGAUCUCAAAGGACUUGGAUACUUUGUCAACGACCAAGAUGAAAUCAGAUCCAUCGAGGAUCCCGAUAAUUACUUCAAAUUCUUUAUUGACAAAAACCCUCGGAUUUGCGCUCGUCAGCGAUUCGCAUUCAAUCAUGCCUUGGAAUCCGUCAUUCACGAACGUCUAGAGAAAGAAGGCCUACAGAAACUCUUCCUCCCUCUAGGAACAUCUACCGCCGAGCCGCACAUGCCCAUCUUCAUCACCCCAAAUCUCGAUACCAAAUCUCGUAUCGUCGUCAUAUUCGGCGAACCUAUGCAGGAGCUCGGCCUCGUGGCCGGCCGUGUCGCCAAUGGAGCUGGAGGCAUCAACGAAGGCAGCAUGGUCUCUGUGGUUCGUGCUCUAUUAUCGCAGUGUUCGUCUCCAGAUGAUACCUCUCCACCUGGUAUCGUGCUGGCAAAUAUGGGACAGACGUACUUCUGGCCACAGGGAAAGCGUGCGAUUACGGUCCUUGCGAGCUCGUUUUUGCCGCUGCCUAGUUUGUUGCAUAAAGGUGUACGACAUGUGCCGGCGCUGAAUGAUAUUCCCGGCAAUGAGGAUCCAGUGACGCAUGUCAAGUACAUGUUUGGCGAGGUGCUUCGCUCCAUGGCGAAUGACAAGGCAUUGUUGGAUAUUAUAGCUAUUGGAGAGAGCUGCGAAAUCGUCGAAAAGUUCUUAGAUGGCCAACAAGCUUGGGAUACUUGGGGCAAGAGGCUCAAUUCCAUGACCAUGUUGGGCCCGGUAUGCGAAGCGGAAGAUUUGACAAACGCAUCGUUCAAAGACUUCAUGGCAAAGCGAGCCCGUGGCUAUCUCGUCUGUCCAGAGCCCCUUGGCACUCCUCUAGCUCCCCCUGAAGGUAAUUCGGAGCUCAGCAUUCCACCACUUGGCUUUCCAUGCGUCUCUUCGUCCGAGCCAAUGUACGCCGAAACUAUCCUGAUUCGAGCGCGACCUCAUAUUCUUUCGCACAUUCAAGACGUAGCUAUGGAUUUAGGCUAUGAGAAUCCAGCCAUCACGCCGAUCGAUUGUCCGCCGCCUGCAAUGACUGAGCAGCACUGGGAUGAUUUGCCCGAGGAGCAUAAGCCUGAGGUGUCCAAGGUCGACCCGGCAGAGUUCAAGGCGCAAGUGAAGCAGGCUAAGCGCUGGAGAAAGUUUCAGGAGACCGGGCAGGCACCGGAUACAGAUUCUGAGUCGGAGUCGGAGGUCUAA